AUGGAAAUCAAAAUUGACAUAUCAGAUAUAAGAUGUCAGAUAUGCGACGAACCGUUCCCAACGAUCGAUGAGGUGUUGAAUCACCUCAAUGUUAAGCACAAGCUGGAAUAUGAUAAAGGCGUCGAAAUGGCUAUAGAGGAGUACCAAUUGGCCGAUCUAAAAUGUCUGGCGUGUGACGAAAAGUUUUCCUAUUUCGGUUAUUUGGUAUCCCACGUGAACAAUAAUCAUCCAAAGAAUUGUCUGAUAUGUGAUAAUUGCAGCCAAAAAUUCAAUAAGAAGAGAGACCUAUUCUCGCAUAUGAAAAACUAUCACAGAGAAGGUGGCUAUAGAUGCGAUUUAUGCCCCCAGAAAUUUACCUCCCUGAAUAUCCUAAGAAAACAUAGAAACAAUCGGCAUUUGACGAGGUGUAACAUUUGUUUGUUAAAGCUACCCUCGGCGGCGUUGAAACAGAAACAUAUGGAUUUGGAGCAUCCGGAUGACGGUUCCCUAACAUGUGAUAAUUGCUGCAAGGAGUUUCACACGAAACAAGGCUUAAAAAUGCAUACGAGGAAGUGUAAAGGGGUUGAGGAAGUAUUGGAAAUUGGCAUUAAAAGAGAGGGGUAUGAGGCUAUGGAUGUAGACGAUAGCUACGAAGAUCUGGUGAAGAGACCUAGCGUGAAACAAAUCAGGGAGAACAUUGUCACAAUCAUAAAUAUGUCUACGGCAAUACCUUUUAAUUUUUACAAGAACAAAUUUAAUUGUUUCUAUUGCUCGAAAGACUUCGCAGAUUCGGAUUCAAUGCGGGAUCACACGGUCGUAGAGCACCCAGUGUGCGACGUAAAGCAGAAAUGUAUUAGGAAAUGUAGGGAAUCGGUUGCGUGCGUUAAAAUUGACAUAUCGACGCUGGCUUGUAAAGUUUGUUUCCAGUCGAUUAGCGAGUUAGAUAUUCUAAUUGACCAUUUAAUAGAUAAGCAUAAUGCUAAUUAUGAUAAAUCUAUAACGACAUGCUUACAACCCUAUAAACUAAUUAAAGAUCAUAUGGCGUGUCCUGUUUGUCCGAGCGAGGUUUUCCGGUUUUUCGGUACGCUACUCAAACAUAUGAAUAACAGACAUACGAACAAUAAUAUCAUUUGCGUGUACUGCGGACAGACUUUCAGGCGCGAUCAAAAUCUUAGGGUCCAUAUAUGGCGGCACCACAGAGACGGUAGGUUCAAAUGUAACAUUUGCGGCGCCGAGUGUAAUAUACCUUCCCGUUUGUAUAUGCACAUGGCUAAAGCUCACGGUGUAAAAGCGGCCAAGUGUCCGAAAUGUCCCGAAUCGUUUGCCACGCAGUAUUUGCGGCAAAAACAUCUGAUCGACGUUCACGAAUCGGGCCAUAAGUGUUCCUACUGCGGCAAACUGUUCACUCGGAACUCUUUCAUGCGGGACCACGUUAGGCGCACCCAUUUGAAGGAAAAGAACGUCGAGUGUACGAUAUGUAACAUGAAAUUCUUUAACAAUAUUCUCUUGAGGAGGCAUAUGGUGAAGCACAGUGGCGAGAAAAAUUUCAACUGUGACAUAUGCGAACAAAAUCACGAGGCAAUCGCCGAAGAGACUGCGAUGCGCAGAAGAAGAAUUCUGGCAAUUCUGUUUAAUAAUACAACGAUUAUACCGUUUAAAUGGCGGGGGAACUACAUUUGCUUUUACUGCGAUUUAAAAUUUGUUCAAUAUAAAGAACUGUACGAACACACAAAGUCACACGGGCCUUAUGAUAUACAUGGUGUUUCUUUAAAAUGUAAUCUCGCGGAAUCAUUUAAAGAACACAUGCAAAAUUUCCGAGAAGUGAAAUUCGAUAUAUCUAAUCUAAUAUGUGAACUGUGCGAGAGAUCAUUCGAUGAUUUAUCCGCUGUGAUUAAUCAUUUGAUUAAUAAACACAAAUUCGAUAUGGAUAAAGAUAUAGAUAUUUCUGUAGAGGGAUACAAUUUAAAAGAACUGAAAUGCACGUUAUGUGAAAAAAAGUUCGAUUGUAUCGAAGAUUUGAUUUUGCACGUUUAUAUCAAGCACUCGCAAAGAUCUUCAACUGAACAGACGUGCCCUAUUAGAAAAUAUUCUAAAGAGCUUCUUUCGAAAUUUCCAGGAAGCCGUCAGUCAAAAGAAGGAAAUACAAAAUUGUAUACCGCUAGAAUUGUUGAAACCUCUGAAUCUCUUGAUAUUUCUCGUCGUCAGAUGAUAAAAUUGAACCGGAAAAAUCUCGCGUGCAUUAUAAAAAUGUCUACUGCAAUACCUUUUAAAUAUUAUCAGAAUCGAUUUACUUGUUUCUACUGUUCAAAAACCUUUUCAGAGCACGAGGAGAUGAGGGGGCACACCAAUUCUGUCCACUCCUUUGCGGAGAUCGAGGGUAGUCUACCGGAAAUCCUCAAGAAGAUCACUUCACGCGCUACCGUAGACAUUUCUUCGUUGUCUUGUAGAGUAUGUAAUGAACAUUUCGAUGAGUUAUAUAUAUUAAUUGAUCAUUUGAUUGUGGCUCAUCACGUUAAAUGCGACAGAAGUGUAAUCGGUGCAAUACAGGCUUUUAAAUUAGUCAAAUAUGAAAUGGAAUGUCCGUCUUGUCCGAAUAAAUUUUCAUAUUUUAAUACGUUAUUGAAACACAUAAAUGAAGAACAUAAAGCGAAAUUGCAUCUGUGUUCGACUUGUGGCGCUCGGUUCGGAAGCGAAGCUGUGCUUACGUCACACGUAACUCGGACUCAUAGCAAAGCUGCGUUUCAGUGUACAGAGUGCAAUGCCAGUUUCAAAGUAUUGAUUAAACUGAAAAGUCACAAAGCAAGAGUGCAUGGAUCAAAAGAGUUCCCGUGCUCGAUGUGCGAAGAGAAAUUCUUAACCGAUUACGGUAAACACAAGCAUUUGCUGACGAUGCAUGGCAUCGGUCACAGAUGUACCCACUGCGAUAGAAUGUUCAUAAAGGAUUCCUUCAUGAGGAACCACGUUCGUAGAAUUCAUCUAGUGGAACGUGAGAUCGAGUGUACGGUCUGCAAAAAAAAGUUCUUCGAUAAGGAACAACUUAAAUUCCAUAUGGUUAAACAUAUCGGUUCCAGAGAUUUUCAUUGCGAUAUAUGUGGCAAAGGAUUCUUCUGGAAGAAGAACCUUCGUGUACAUAUAAACUCGCAUAGUAAACGCACCGAUAAAAAUGGACGAGAUAAGACGCCCAGUUGCAAUAAACUGAGGCGGAGAAACCUUCAGAUUUUAUUUAAUAAUACAACGUUGAUUCCCUUCAAAUGGCGCGGGAAGUACAUGUGCUUUUAUUGCGGGGAAGAUUUGCCAGGGUACGGUGAACUGAGAAAGCACACGAAAGCGCACGGCUUUUGUUCUGAAACUGAUCGAGCGAUUAAACUUGUUAAAGCAGGCGAUGUUGAAGUUAAAAUCGAUGUAUCGAACAUAGCUUGUAAAUUAUGCGAAGACACGUUUAACGAAUUUGAUGAAAUAGUCGAUCAUUUGUAUACUAAACAUGGACUAUCGUAUGAUAGAGAGGUGCGUUUAGAAAUAACGAAAUACCGGCUCGCAGAUCUCAAAUGUUUACUUUGUGAUCAACAAUUUAGUUACUUCAAUAAAUUGGUGAUUCACGUAAAUAAUUGUCAUCCGAACCAACGCUUGUUAUGUCAUGAAUGCGAUCAGAAAUUUAAUAAAAGACGGGACUUAGAUGCACAUAUUAGAUCACGUCAUAAAAAAAAUUACACCUGCUUAAAGUGUUCUGUCACGUUCAAAUCUAAUUCAGAGCUACACACUCACAAAAUGAACGCGCACGCCUCCUCAUGUAAUAUUUGUUUUAGACAGUUCUCUUCAGCAAACAAAAGGUUAAAACAUAUGAAGGUAGAUCAUGUCUCUGAUGCUUUACAGUGUGGAUUUUGCCUUAAAGUUAUGACUACAAGGCAGGGUUUCCUGCGACACGCAACAACUUGCACACGCACUAUUGAUGGUGUUAAAAUAUCCGAACCCAUAUUAGUAGGUGACGAAGAAAAGAAACCUACGGUUAAACAAAUAAGAAAUGAUUUAGCAUGCAUCCUGAAUAUGUCUACAGCUAUCCCUUUUAAACAUUACAUGGGUAAAUUUAGAUGUUUCUAUUGUUCAAAAGAUUUCACGGAUUGCGAUGAUCUAAAACAACACACUGUUAUGGAGCAUCCUUUCUGUGAUAUCAGAUUAAAGUCUAUGAAAUUGCGAAAUAGGGAAGAGGGUCGUAUUAAAAUUGAUACGUCCAAACUCUCCUGCAAAGUUUGCUAUGAAUCAAUGCCUAAUUUAAAUCAUUUAAUAGACCAUCUAACAACAGAACACAAAGCUGAUAUAGAUAAAACUAUCGAUAUCCAGUUGCAGCCGUACAAACUUAUGAAGGACAACUUUGCCUGUCCUAUUUGCGGGAAAGUUUAUAGAUAUUUCGCGAUGCUGUUGAAACAUGUUAGUGUUACACAUACGGACAACAAAAACGUCUGUGCUUAUUGCGGUAAAUGCUUUAGAUCUCACCCAAAUCUUCGUGCUCACGUAUCGCGGCGACAUAGAGCCGCGGCGUUUAGAUGCAAGCAUUGCAACUCGGAAUUUAUAUCUAAUAAUCACCUGCGAACACAUUUGGGCAAAGCACACGGCGCCAAAAUUGUGCAAUGUCUGGAGUGCAAAGAGAGAUUCACGUCGCGCUAUUUCAUGCAGAGGCAUUUGAUCAACUCGCAUAGAUCUGGUCAUAAGUGUACUUACUGCGGCAAAUUGUUUAUUAGGAAUUCGUUCAUGGUUAAUCAUAUAAGGCGGACGCAUUUUAAGGAGAAGAAUGUCGAAUGUUCUUUGUGCUGCGAAAGGUUUUUUGAUGCGCAGCGCCUAAAAAUGCAUAUGGUGAAACAUUAUGGGGAAAGAAAUUUCCAUUGCGAUGUUUGUGGAAAGAAAUUUCUUUGGAAGAAAAACCUGAAAGAUGAAAUUCCGCAAGGACCGUACGAGAACUGUACCUCUGAGAGAAGGAGGAAAAACUUACAAAUUCUAUUCAACAACACAACUAUUUUGCCGUUCAAAUGGCGAGGGAGGUGCCUCUGUUUCUAUUGCGGAAAGAGUUACACGGAGUAUACGGAUUUUAGGAAACACACCCAAUCACACGGCCCUUGCACCACGAAAGACUAUUCUUUGAAACUGAUAAAAGGAAAUCACAUUGAAAUAAAAAUCGAUGUCUCGGAUAUCACUUGUGAAAUUUGCAAUGAAGCUUUCACUACAUUCGACGAAAUAAUCGAUCAUUUAAUCAGAAAACACAACAUGGACUACGAUAAAAGUAUAGACACGCCUUUUCAAGAAUAUAGACUUGCGGAUUUCCGUUGUCUACUCUGCGAUCAACAGUUUACUUACUUCGGAUAUUUGGUGAAUCAUGUCAACAAUGUUCAUCCGCAAAAUAAUUAUAUUUGUAAUUAUUGCGGUGCGAGUUUCAACAAGAAAAGAGAUUUAGCGCUGCAUUUACAACACAAUCAUCGCCAAGGAGGAUACUCUUGUCCAGAAUGUCCUCAGAGCUUCGAAUCUCAUAGUCUUCUUCGUAAGCAUCAAAACGACUUUCAUUUCAGGAAAUGUAAACGUUGCGGGAUGAACUUUGCUUCCUAUAGUCUACUAUUAAAACAUAUACAGUGUGAUCAUCCAGAUGACGGUAGCGCCAAAUGUCCACAUUGUUCCAAACAAUGUCACUCGUCUCAAGGUUUAAAACAACACAUAGCCAAGUGUAAAAUUAACAUGCUUGCACAAAUAGAUCAUUCUGUAGAUAACAACAUUUCCCUCGACAAUAUACUGCAACCGAAAAAGAAACAAAACGUUUUACAAAUACGACAGAAUAUUCAGUGCGUUUUGAACAUGUCUACAGCGUUACCGUUUAAGUUUUUCGCGAAAUAUUAUUGUUUUUACUGUUCGAAAAAAUUCGUUGAAUUUGACGAACUAAGAGAACACACUGUAGUAGAACAUCCUGUAUGCGAUUUAAAGUCAAAGAGCAUGAUGAAAUGUAAAGGAGAGAGAAUAACCGUAAAAGUAGAUAUAACAGACCUGAGCUGUAAAAUUUGCGGUCAGGCUAUGGACAAUUUAGACAUACUAAUAGAUCACCUAAUCUCACAACAUGACGCCAACUACGAUAAAACCGUAAUAGGCUGUCUAGAGCCUUACAGAGUGAUAAAAGACAACAUGCCAUGCCCGAUCUGUCCAAAUCGCGUGUUUAGAUAUUUUGGAAUCCUACUUAGGCAUAUAAACUCUGAACACAGUAACAACAAUAAGAUCUGCGAUUUUUGCGGCCGCAGUUUCAAGAAUGUAACAAAUCUAAAGGUGCAUAUUACUUACGCACACACCGGCGCCUGCGAGUGCGACAUUUGCGGCACGAAGUACAAGAACCAGUGGUGUUUGAGUCGGCACAAAGCGAAAAGCCACAACGCGAAAGACUACAAAUGUCCGAAAUGCCCAGAGCUGUUCCAGUCAGAGUACCACAGGCAAAAACAUCUGAUUAAAGUCCACGACAUCGGUCACAAGUGUACGUACUGCGGGAAAAUGUUCACCAGGAACUCGUUCAUGAAGAACCAUAUACGUAGGACGCAUCUGAAGGAGAAGAAUGUGAUCUGUUCGGUCUGCAACGAGAGAUUCUUCGACAACUACCUGCUGAGAAUGCAUAUGGUGAAGCACGAAGGCGAGCGGAAGUUUAGCUGUGAAGUUUGCGGCAAAGCGUUUCUUAGGAGAAGCAACCUCAGUUCGCAUAAGGAAAUGCAUAAGAAGUAUGGACAUUUACAGCCGUAA